GUGGGAAGGGCAACAUUGUCUACGGGGACAAAAAUGUUACUGGAUAUAAUAAGCCCAAAUUGCAUUAAACCGCAGCGUCGUCCGCUUGCUCUCCAAAAAGUCAGAUAAAAGCAGCAGAUCCCUCCGACUUGCAGAUCUCUCCUUCCCAUCUCUUCCUCUCUCCCCAUCUGAUCUCUGCUGCUGAAUACUGAAACCUUCAACUCACGCGUUCUUGGAGCGUGCACGGUCAUUUCAUUUGGGUCUGCAGUUAAAUUAAAGCUUAGGUCCAUGGAAGGAGGUGGGGGCGAUGCUGCUUCUGCAGUGGCGCCGCUGGCCAAGUGGAGAAAUGAUUUCUCAAGGGCAUUUCAGUACUAUUUGGAUAGGUCCACCCCUCAUCCAGUUCACAGGUGGCUUGGCACUUUCGCAGCUGCAGCUGUUUACUUCUUGCGUGUUUAUUAUGUUCAAGGGUUUUACAUUGUAUCAUAUGGCCUAGGAAUCUAUAUCUUGAAUUUGUUGAUUGGUUUCUUGUCACCAAAGAUAGAUCCAGAGCUUGAAGCCUUAGACGGUGCCUCAUUGCCAACUAAAGGCUCAGAUGAAUUUAAGCCCUUUAUUCGUCGCCUUCCUGAGUUCAAAUUCUGGUAUUCCAUUACAAAGGCAUUCUGCGUGGCGUUUGUAAUGACCUUCUUCUCUGUAUUUGAUGUCCCUGUUUUCUGGCCCAUCCUACUUUGCUAUUGGAUUGUUCUGUUUGUCCUCACAAUGAAGCGCCAAAUCAUGCACAUGAUUAAAUACAAAUAUGUCCCAUUCAGCUUUGGAAAGCAGAAAUAUACUGGGAAGAAGCCUGCUGCCAGUAGCAGUGGCUUGAUGAGGGACUGAAGCUCGGAUAUCUCCCUAUGUAGGAGCAGCAGAUGGCAGAAAUGCAACCUGCGUGCUUUUGGAAUUCUUUGAUUUGAUGAAACAUAUAUUUCAUGCUAAACAUGUGUGCAAAGUUCAUGUAAUUUGCAAUCUAAUGUAAUUUGUAACGACUUUGGAUUCUCAUGUUUUCUGAAUUAGCAGCUAGUUUUUUCUUUCUGCUGUAUACUCGAAGAAAUGGUGUAUCUCAGUUCAGUUGUGCAAUGAGCCACGCAUUUUUCUUUCGUUGAUA